AUGGAGUAUGCAUCAUACAAAAGACACCAACAACCGACAUCAUUAGUUGAGACACGUCUACAAGAAUUUACUACUCAAUUAGAUAAUUUUUUUAAACAUUCUAACCAAUCAUCUGAAAUUUUAAAUGCACUAUUUGAACAAUAUUGUCCAUCGUCAUCAUCAAUAUAUGAAUCCAUUAUAUAUGUUUAUUCGAAUUCAUUAAACAAGCCAAAAGUAAAUAAAUUAUUAAAUAAAACAAUUGAAUAUUUACAUUUAAAUAAUGAUGAAAAUCUUCUUAAAACUUCAUAUUAUUUAAAAGAACUAAAAUUUAAUGAACAAACAGAACAAUGUAAUUUAUUACAUAAUGCUAUUAUAAAAAAUUAUGAAAAUAUAUUUCAAUUAUUACUUAAAUCUGGUUUUAAUCCCAAUAGUUUAUUAUCUGAUCGUAAAACACCUUUAUCAAUAUGUGUUGUAACGAAUACUAUUGAUCCAAGAAAACGUUUGGAAUAUAUUCAAUUAUUAAUUGAACAUGGAGCAAAUCCAAUCAUACAAGAUGUUAACAAUUCUUCACCAUUCAAACGUCUAUGUGGAAUGGAAUCAAACUAUCCAAUUGUGUAUAAUUUCUUUCGUGAUUAUCUUCUUUCCGUCUAUCCUGAACAGAUUGAAUUUGAAUUUAAUGAUGGUCUUCAAAAUGGUCUUUACAAUUUUUGUGUACCUAUUGUUAUUGAUCUUCUUGAACAUGGUGCUAUUUCAAAUGCAUUCAAAACAAUUGAUUCAUUUGAAUAUUUUUUAUCUCAAAUAGCUUCAACUAUUUUUAAAGAACGUCGUUCAAUCUCAUAUAUUGAUCCAUUUAUUUUAUGUUUAAUACAAAUCAUUUUACAUCAUAUUCCAUGUGAAAAUUAUUCAAUAUGUAUUCAAAAAUUUUUUCAAUUAAUUUAUGUACCUGGUGUUUGUUUUGAAACAAAUAAUGAUCCAUGUAAUCAUCCAUCAAUGACAAAUGUUAAAAAACUUUUAUAUGUAUCUUUUCAUUAUGGAUAUUUAACAAAGAUAAUAGCUAAUAAAAUUCGUACAAACGAUCUUUCAAAGAUAUUAACAAUGUCUAUGCAAAAUUCGUUAAUAUUACAAACAAAACGUCGACAAUUGAUUGAUACAUUAAAUCAAUAUUUUGAUGAAUUAACAAUGAUAUAUCAUGAAAAUCCUCUAUCAUUAAAACUUUUUUCAAUUAGAAAAAUUCGUCAAUCGAUGAUUAAACUUAAUCAAAAAAAUAUCGAACAAUUAAAUAUAAGUCGACAUUUAAAAAAUUCACUAUUAUUAAAACAAUAA